UCACCUUUCUCAAUGACGACCUGUUCAAGAUGGCUGCUUCCAUUCCAAUGAUAAACACAAUCAUGAAAAGAAUUUUGAUUUUAGGCUCUAAACACAAUACUGGGCAGUGUAGAACAACUAAUUUGACAUGGUGCCGCACUUUGAUGCAGUCUCAACGUCGCUACCAGGAAGAAUCAGAGGCUCAGGAGAACAGUGAGGAAGAUUUGACUCCCAAGAGGAAAAUUGUGGAUCCCGAGACAAGUAUAAGAUAUGUCCACAGCCCGGAAUUUGUGAAAGGCUAUGGAGACAAACCCGUGUGGUUUCACUACAGGAGAAAUUUCAAAGGAAAAAUCCCCCCUCCCACAAGGGAAAAUUGUAUUAGACAGGGAGAAAUUGCCACUGCCAGCCCCUGUCCUAUCUGCAGAGACGAGUACCUUGUCCUGGAUGCAAAAAACAUCAAGCUGCUAGAACAGUUCAUCUGUCCUCACUCGGGGGAAAUCUUUGACUCGAUGAAGACAGGUUUGUGCCAGACCCAGCAGAAAGCUUUGACCGUGUCUGUCAUGAGGGCCCAGGACCAAGGUUUGUUGGAGAUGAAGUUGCCAUUUCGCACAUAUGACUACGAGGAUUACAAGAGCUGAUGAACGGGCUGUCAAUUGAGUGUUCUUAGAGUGAAUGUCUGAAGAGUUUAUUAUUUCAUUUAGCUUAUAUGUGAUUUCAUCAUUUAAUAAAUGUCCUUGUUGAAAAAAAAA